ACCCUUUCUUUCUCAAUCUCACACGCAAAAGAAAAUCUUUAAAUCUCAUAAAGUAAUUCCAUUUCAUCUUCAAGUUCAAUUCCGAUAAUUAAACAAAACCCAUUAAAAAUCUCUCAUUUCUAAUCAAAACCCAGUAAUUCUAUUCAAUUUCUGUUGUCAUUUUAAUACAAAAAAGCUAAAAGAAAAGGAAAAAUGGAACUGUUUCGAAGUGCAAAAACGGUAAGAUUAAGAAGCCAUCAUGACAAAUAUCUAUUAGCAGAAGAUGAUCAAGAAUCAGUAUGUCAAGAUCGAAACGGAACAUGUAAAAAUGCAAGAUGGACGGUGGAAUUUGUUGAUGGAAUUGGUAUUGAUUCUGUGAUUCGUUUAAAAAGCUGUUAUGGUAAAUAUUUAACAGCAACAGAUAUACCAAAAUUCAUUGGAGUUACAGGUAAAAAAGUAUUACAGACGGUUCCUAAACGUUUAGAUUCAUUGGUUGAAUGGGAACCAAGAAGAGAAGGUCAUCAAGUGAAAUUGAAAACUAGGUAUGGUAAUUAUCUGAGGGCUAAUGGUGGUGUACCACCAUGGAGAAAUUCGAUUACUCAUGAUAUUCCUCAUAGAAGUGCUACUCAAGAAUGGAUUUUAUGGACUGUUGAUGUUCUUGCUGUUCGUCCACCUCCUCCUCCUCCUCCUGUUGAAAAAGAAGAAGAACCCAAUUCUCCAAGGUUAUCUAAAGUUGAGUCAAAUGAUUCUUUUGUUUUCACUGCACCACCAAAGGCUGAUGGGAGAACAAUUUACUACUAUGUUGCUGAUGAUAGGGGUAAUGUGGAUGAAGCUGAGGAGGAAUGUUCUUUUACAUUCAAAGGGAAUAGUGUUGAGGAAUUAACUGAAAAAUUGGUGGAAGAAACAGGGAUUGAUGAAGAUAUUAUUGUUUGUACUCAUAGCUCAUUGAAUGGAAACCUUUAUCCACUUCGAUUGCAUCUUCCUCCCAAUAAUGCUACUAUGCAUGUUAUCGUCAUUAAAUCUUCGUCUAGAGUUGCUAAAGAAUUUGCAAACCCAGGACCAGCAUAAGAUGGGCAACAGAGGGGCCAUUAAAUCGAGUUUUCUAUAAAUCGUGUUUCUGCAAGCUUAUUCUGGUAUUCUCUGAUGAUACAUGUGCUGGAAUCUCUGAUAUGGGCUCGCUCUUGAUUUUCGCCUCUAGUCGCAAAUCCUAACUGGUUCUACUUUUGAAGCGGACCAUAAUAUGAAUAGAUCAAAUAUAAACCAAAAAAUAGAAGCGGGGUUCAGACAGAAACUUUUUUUACUUGGCGAUGCUUACAAUUGAAUUUGUAGUGGUUUUCACUCUUUUUUCUAUAAUUGUUGUUGUAUAUGAAAAGAUCAUUUGGGUUGAACAAUCGCAGUAAUGUAAGCUUGUUACAGAAUGACAGGUUGCCAAGACAAUGUAAGCUUGUAAUGAGGCUUCACUUUUUAUGUGGAUGGAAGCUGGUUAUUGUGCUGGGUUUUGAUUUCUAAAAUAAAAAAAUAGCGGACUGUAGCCAUGUAUUUUAUUCAAA